AUGUCUGCCGCGAACGUCAACCCGAAGAAGGUUGCGCUCCUGAAGCAGAUCAGGAGCCUCAUCGACUGCUUGGUGAACAUCAAGGAUGAGACGGGGGAGUUCCUGAUGACGCUCGAGGACGGGCGUGUUAUCGACACCAAAGGGUGGAACGACUGGGAGUGGACGCACGGAAUCGGAUUGUACGGUCUUCUCAAGUUCCACGAGAUCACCGGAGACGACGAGGCGCUGCGCAUAGCUCUCGCCUGGUUCAAGGACCGGUUCGAGAUCGGCACGACGAAGAACGUCAACACAAUGUCGCCCCUGCUGACCGCAGCCUACCUGCACGAGGCGCGGCACGCCAACUACGGCGCGCACCUAGACGCCUGGGCGGAGUGGGUGAUGCACGACAUGCCGCGGACAGAGGAAGGCGGGCUGCAGCACAUCACGUACUUGGUGGAGAACCACCAGCAGCUGUGGGACGACACGCUGAUGAUGAGCGUCCUCCCGCUCGCGAAGAUCGGGCUGGUGCUCGGGCGACCGGAGUACGUCGAGGAGGCGAAGCGGCAGUUCCUGCUGCACGUAAAGUAUCUGGCCGAUCCGCAGACGGGUCUGUGGUUCCACGCAGGGUGGACGUUCGACGGGCGCCAUCAUUUCGGGCGCGCGCGAUGGGGACGCGGCAACUGCUGGAUAACGGUCUCCAUCCCCGACUUCAUCGAGCUGCUGCAGCUGCCAUCGACGGACGGCGUCCGCCUGUUCCUUGUCUCCGCGCUCAAAGCCCAGAUCGACGCCCUCGUCGCGCUGCAAGAUCCAGAAACGGGCUUAUGGCAUACCAUCCUCGACGACGCCACCUCCUACCUCGAGGCCUCCGCGACGGCAGGGUUUGCGUACGGGAUCCUCAAGUCCCUGAGGCUGCGGCUGAUUCCCCGGGAGGCGCGAUACGUGUCCGCGGCCGAGAAGGCGGUGAAGGCGGUACUGGGGAAUAUUUCGGAGAGGGGGGAGCUGCAGAGGGUCUCGUUUGGCACGCCGGUGUUCGACGAGGUGGAGGAAUACAAAAAGAUCCCGCUGACGAGCAUGCCAUACGGCCAGAGCCUCGCCUUGUUGGCUCUGACGGAGUAUUUGCGUACAUUCCUGUAG